UAGCCCUUCUAGCCACACCCACACACACUCGCGGACGCGAAGAGGAAAUCGAAAGUGUAGCGCAGACUAUUUCUUAUUUUAAUUUUCUGUUGUUAAAGAGACACUUGUCUAUACAACAUCGACAGUAUGGCAAUCGGAAAUCCGAAACAACCAAUACUAAAUCCGGCGAUUCCCUUUGCCACGACCAUUCUGGAUGGACUGCACUGCGGAACGAUGGUUCUCAUUCAAGGCAAAGUACCUAGUAAAACUGACCGAUUCCAGGUUGACCUGACCUGUGGGAAUAGCAUAACGCCCAGGGCAGAUGUGGCGUUUCACUUUAAUCCUCGCUUCAAGAGCACCCCACACAUCGUCUGUAACACCCUCAAACAGGAGUGCUGGGAAAAAGAGGAGCAUCACUACCAGAUGCCCUUCAAACACAAUGAAGCCUUUGAGAUCAUCAUUCUUGUAGAAGAAGAUUUGUUCAAGGUGGCGGUAAAUGGCUCUCACCUGCUAGCAUACAAGCACAGGUUGGAGCUCAAGAAGAUUGACACACUGUCCAUAUCUGGAAAAGUUGAAAUUCGCGCCAUUGCAUUUAUUCCCGGUUCGAGUGCCAUCAAGUCACCAAAUAAAGAUGAGAAAUCACAAACCACAUCUCAUAAAACCAUCAAAUCGGAGUCAGGUGACCUGAAGCUUCCUUUUAAGAGCCAAUUUGACAAAGGACUGAGACCAGGAGAUACAAUUAUUGUGAAGGGUCAGAUCAGCAAUUCUUCAAACAGUUUUGCUGUAAACUUGCGAGUCGCUGACUCGGAGGACAUCGCUUUGCACCUAAACCCUCGAUUCAAGACCAAAGUGUUUGUCCGAAACUCUUUCCGGUCUGGGUGUUGGGGACCAGAAGAGUGCUCCCUCCCCGGCUUUCCCUUCAUACCCGGACAAUACUUUGAGAUGAUCGUCCGAUGUGAGGCUCAGCAGUUUAAAGUGGCAGUAAACGGAGUCCAUCAGCUGAUUUACAAGCACCGUGAGAAGGAUCUGUCGAGGGUGAACAAGCUCGAGAUUCUGGGUGAUCUAGAACUGGUGGUUGUCCAGAUGUGGAAUGAAGCUCCAGUCUGAGGACCAGAUUCCAACCAAUUACAGUGGUUCCGAAAUUAAACCUAUAUUGCCUUAAUCUAACUAACUGCACUAAUCCAAUGUAUGCGUGGACUACAAUGCUUGACCUGAUGUUUGGUCUGGUUUUAUUUUAGCUCACUGACGUGUGAACAGUAAAGAUGCUUUACAGGUUUAUCUAAAUGAUUCUGGGUGAUCUAAAACAGGUGGAUGUCAAGAUGUGGUAUGAAGCCCCAGUCCGAGGAUUCCCGAUUCCAACCAGUUACUGUACAUUCAGUUGUCCAGAAGUUAAAUCUAUACUGCACUAAUAUAACUCACUGCACUAAUUUAAUGUAUACAUGUCAUGUUUACUAAAAUAAUAGUUGACUUUGAGCUACCUCAUUGCUUUUCAAAAUCAGUGCUUAAUAUAUGCGAUAAAGAUAUAAUAAUUGUAUGUGACAUAGUGGCGCCAUAAUGGCCACAAAAAAUGAACACAUUAAACAGGCCAAAUGAAAAAGGCAACAAUCAAAAGACCUUCCAAAUGAAAAUUCUGUCAUAUUUGACUCCUGUUGUCAUUUGAAACCAGUGUGAUGUUCUUUCUUCUGCAAAACACAAAAGAAGAUAUUUUGAAAAAUGUUGGCAACCAAAAACCGUUGGUCCCAACCGGACCAACUCUGUAAGGAUGUGUGAAUACACUGUAUACAAAAGUCCAAGUUAACUGUGCGGUCACAGUAUUUUUUCAAAUUACGAUAUUUUAGAAAGAUGUCUUUGAAUGACAUUCCUGUGCAAUGGUCAGACAAUAUCUGGCAAUAGUAAGCAUUGGUGAUAUGCAAAUGAGAUAUACCAGACGCCAAGUAAAGAGAUGGCACAAGUUCAUCUUUACCGACUUGCUUGAGUUGAAUGUAGUAAAAAUGGUCUAUUCAGCGGUCUUAUGGUUCAAUAUAAUUGGUCUCUGCCUACAUACAGCAAUGUAAUACACAGACAUAACAAAUCAAAUGCUAAUGUCUUUAGCCAUUUGUUUACAGAAUCCUCCCAGGCUAAUUCCAGGCUUUCUGGAAAUUGCAGAUUGUGGUAAAUCAGAUCGUUUCAUACUAUUACGUUAGAAGCAGGGUUGUUAAACAUACCCAUUCUGAAUCAACCGUGAAUCAAGUACAAGUUACGUUUCCUCACUUGCCAAAGAUGUGAUUAAAUCUUUACAUCUAGCAAGCUAAUGCCCUGAAACUGUAUUUUUCAUGUCUUGAUGAAUAUGCUUAUAAACAGUUUUUCCAUCUAUUUGACAUUACUCGUUACACCUUUUAUAGUAACUCUGGUGUCGAUUAAGGUAUCUUAUAGUCAUAUUAUAUGAAUAUCAAAUACAUUUUUUCCAAACCAACUUAUUAGAAAAAACUGUGCCGGUGCUUAUUAGAAAAAAAAACUUUAAAGAAAACAUGAAAUAUUGUUCCAAUACUCUGCUAUUGCUUUGGGCUGUUAUUACUACUGUUAAGAACAAUGUUAUUAAGCAAUUUACAUCAUUAAAAUAUUUUAAGACAAUCUUUUAUCUUCUGUUUG